UAUGAGAUGCGUCUCGAACGAUUUUUCCUAUUUUUAAUUACUACCGUUGCCAUGUUUCAUCGGAACGGUAGCCGUUGGCUCUCGUGUAUUUUCCGGAACAUUUCUCUCUGUUUGAGCAUCGGAGUAGAAAUAUAGAAUAACGCCAACAUCCCACAUCUGCAUACACACACUACACCCUACUACACGUACUAGGGUUUUAACAAUAUAUUCCUGAACUUGGAUUUAUCCGAUUGCGAUUAGAAAUAAAGAAAUUGGGUUCUGAAAAUCGAGGGUUUCAGUUCUGGUUGUCAAGCUUAUUUUACUUCGCAAUCUUCGGAAUCCUUUCAAGUUUUGUGUGGAUCUUGUAAGCUGUUUCCCAUGGGAAGAAUCCUUUAAUGAAAACUCUUUGAUUCAUAUAUUUAAAUCUUGUUGUCUAUCUGAAAUGUAUGGUUCAAGGAACUAUGCAACUCCAGCGGAUCAAGGUCCUUAUCCUCCAUUGCAACAUUGUCCUCCUGCUCCCCCACCUGCAUUCUCGCGAAGCUCUCAUCUGCCUCUACCAACAGCAAUUCAGCAGAGCCGUUUGCAGAUUCCACUUCACGUUGGUCAUCUAGGGCACCCUGUGUAUCAGUAUACUCCUUCUGGGACACCUCAGCAAGGACCACUUAGUCCAGUUUUGUCAAGUGGAAUAAAUAGUCAACCUUUCUUUGCUUUACCUCCUCCACCUGCACCUCAACCACUGCAAGUGCCUGGAAACUCCCGAGUGCAGCUACCUUUGCAGUGGACUCAUACUACUUUUGUUUCACCCACUGGACCUCCGUCAGUUUCUAGAGUGCUACCACAACCUCCUUCACAAGGACAAACACAAUUUAGCAGUCAAGUUCAUCAAGCCCAAGCAGGUAGCAUGCAGCCACAAGUACAACCUAAUCCACCAGCCUCUAGUUUGUGUACAUCUCCUCCAGUUGGAUCCUUUAAACACUCAAUGCCACAACUUUCCACCACUGCUCCUGCUGGGCCCCCGGCACUACCACCACCACCUCCUCUUCCUUCUCCUCCUGGAUCUCCACCCACUCGAUCAUCUUCACCACCUCCCACUUCUUUGUCUACUUUCUCAAAGAGUUGUACAUUGAUAGCUGUCCCAGCAGCAUCUAAGCCUGCUUAUCAUCAUGAAAUUGGAUCGAGAGACAAUAAAAGUUCGUCCCUUGAAACAUCAGAUCAGGUUGGUGAUGCUGUCCAUGAUGGAGAGGCUGGUGGUAAGUCGGUUUCUGCUUUAAGGAAGAACUUGAUCUCAGAUCUUCCGUCACCUCCACCUAAGCCUGCAGAUGACAGAACUGUCCAUAGUAUUGAGGUUCUGUGUCAGUACAUUGCCAAGAAUGGCCCUGAAUUUGAAAUUUUGACUCGUCAAAAAGAGUCUGGUAAUCCAGAGUUCAAAUUUUUGUUUGGUGGACAGCCAGGGAGUGAAACUGCAGUUGCUCAUGAGUAUUUUUUAUGGACAAAAAGGAAAUAUCUUUUGGGAUCUGGAUCAGUUGAAAAUCAGGGGGACCAUGAUCUGUUAUUGAGACCUUCAGGACGGUCUGCAUCUCAACUGAAAAAUGCAAAAAAUGUGAGUCCCCCUUACUCACCUGUGGAUUCAGAUAUGGACAUGGAAGAUGACAUCACACAUCCAGAUGAAGAACCGCAAAAUUGCACGCCUAACGAAAUAAGCCAUGAGAUUAUUUCAGUAUCUAAUAGACUUGAUAAGUGGCAAGAAUUACAGCCUUUACCGGGUAUUGCAGAACAUAGCCUUGCUAAGGAUGCAUCAGAUGAGACAUUAACACAUAGCCUUGCUAAGGAUGCAUCAGAUGAGACAUUAACAUAUUCUGGAUGGCAAGUAUCAGAGGAACUAAUACAAGGUGCUGGAAUUUCUUCCGACCAAAAUCGAUCCAUAAUAAGAAAGUCUGUUACCAAACUUGGUGGCUUGAUUGCAAGAUCCUCUGGAGAUGUUGAAAACUUGUCAACCUCUAAUGUGACAAAGACUUCUGAACUGCUUGAAGUCAUAAGCCAAACUAAUACAUCAGCCCAUCUGGCGGAGGUUAGGUUGGAAAAGCUUCCCACUCAGCUGGUCACCCAAGGUGGUAGUCCUUUCACACUCUUGCAGGAUUAUGCUUCCAAUGAAAGUUCUGAUGAUGAGGCUCAUCUGGUACCUACCACAGCUGCCCUAUCUGUUAAAAGGGACUCUGUACCUCUUGAUACAGAUUUCAAGGUUGACUGGGGCACAGAUCUUGGGGCUAAGAGUGCUUUGGAGUCUCACAAGGGGCUUGAGCAGCUGCCUCAAUCAUCUAUUUUGAAACCAGAAAGUGUUGUAGUGGAGGCUGAGAUGCCAUAUACAACUGGAAAACCAGAGGAUUUUGUUGAUAAUACUUAUGGGAAUCAAGAAUCUCCUAAAGGUGGUAUGCCACAGAGGGAAUACCAACAAAAAGUUUUUCUGAUAGAUGAUGCUAAUUUCGAAAAGCAAAAAGUUGCAAAGAGCUUUUCUUCUACAUCAAAGCUUGAUAAAUUUGGAAGGUUGAUUAAAGCAGGUGCUAGUGACAGUGAAUCUGAUGGUUCACCUUGCUUUAGUCGUCGCCAAGGUAAAAGAAGUAGAAAUAGGAGCAGAAGUCGAUCUCCUCAUGAUACCAGGUGGAGGAGAAGUCCAUGGAGAAGAAGGGAAAAGCGUGGCCGGUCUCGUAGCUUGUCUCCAAAGAGACGACGGAGUAGGAGCAGAUCACCUUUAUUUCAACAUGGUGAGGAUAAAAUGAGAAGGGACAAGAGUCACCGUUCAGAAUGCUUUGACUUCAUUAGAGGCAAGUGUUACCGUGGAGCAUCCUGUCGAUAUCUGCACUGUGAGGACAAGAGUGAUAGAUCAAGAUCUUAUAAGAGGAAGGAACAAUUUCAAGAUCUGCCAUAUAGUUCAAGGAGUUCUGAUCUCCAUGAAAAAACUGAAAUUCCUUACAAGAAGUUAUCUCGGGAGCAUGAUGGAGGCAGGAUUCAACAGUUGAAGCCUCAAAAAGUUAAAGCUAAUACUGAUGGAAAAAAGCAUACGAAUGAGGAGAUGAAUGAAGCUGUGACAUGUUUUCCUGAUAAAAGUGGUCCUGUGGAGCCUCUGGUCAACCCAAUUCUGGAGGCUAACAUCAAAAAGAUCCCUGGCAUUGCUGCCCAUUGCAGGCUCUCUCCCUCCGAGAAUUUGGAUGUCCAUCAAUCUCAAGGUAAUUCUUCUGAUCAGUUUUUACGGAAUGCUGAUUACCAGCAUCAACAGAGGGAUGCUUCUUGUCAUCCCAAAUGUUCACCUGUCCACGCAACAGCUUCUGACCCAAGCCCCCAUCUGAUGGACAAAAGUUGCGUGAAUGAGGAGGGUGCCAAUGAAUCACGUGUUACUUUGAGUACUAUGAAUGAAACUUUGCCAUGUCAGAGUGUUUCAUCUCAACCUAUGGUACAUAAGGAGUCAAUUUCAUCAGAUCAUCGUUCCCAUUUGCCACUGUCCUUUGCCUUGGUCUCUCAGGAUACAAGUUCCUCAUUCAAUCAAGAGAUGCCGAGAGACUACAAUCUGAUUUCACCUGCUGGGGUAUUUCCCUCUCAUUCUUCAUCCGUUGAAAGUCAUCAUCUUUAUCAGCCUUCGGUUUGUCACUCUCAUUCUCAAUUUCCUUUUCCACCAAACCCAACCUGGAGUUCUGUUCCACCACCAUCAGCACUGUAUCAUCAUCCUCCACCACCUUCUGCAUUUGUCAGUGAUAGGAAUUUAACACCUGGACCAUAUACAGCUUCUUCAGCACACACGAUGCAGAAUAUGCUGCCUCGAACAAAUGAUUUCUCUUCUCAGACCUCUGCCAGGCCUUUCUUAACUGAAUUCCGUAUUUCUAGUGUUGGUAAGAGUCAGGUAUAUCCUCCAAUGCAGGAGCCAAAUCGACCUCCAGAUCAGUUGAAUGACCUCCAUCCGAGGACAUUUCCCGUAAGCCAGCCAAGUCAGUCACAUGGACGUGCUGGCCUGGUUGGGGAAGGUCAAUUUACUGGACAGCCUGUUCCUGGCUUAUAUUCUUCGAACUCAUUUGAUAAGGACAAGAAGCACUCUCAGACCAUGCCCUUUUCAAGGGAAUCACCACUGAAGAGGGCCCAAGCAUUUCCUAGUGACACUUUGCCACCAGUUGACGGUGUUUCUUCUAUUCAUCAUGAGCAUGGAAAUCUCAGUUCUACUAUGCCAAGCUACACAACUGAUUUUCUUGACAGGAAUCAGCCAUCUGUUUUGUCUGACACUGGUAUAUCAAGAAUAUCAGACCGAUUUAAUCCUUAUGCAUGCACUUUUGACCAGCCACUGAGCUCGAAAUUUAGCUGCAGUAGUUUACUCCAGGAAAGGGACAGGCCAUUUGGUAAUCAGUUGGGUGCUGCAUACAGCUUCAGCCAAGUCCCAGUUGCUGGGAGAGAUAUUGCAAAUCAUGGCUCAGGAAAUUUGAUGUCUUCACAAAAUUCUGCUCAGCCUCUAGAUGGGAUUUCACCACAGCCUGGUGAUGGCCAGUAUGAUCCUAUCUAUGAUAGUAUUGAGCCAUCUUUAAAUUCAGUCAGGAAAUCCAAUUAUGGUCAAAAGCAUGAGAUAACAGAUGAAUCUGAUGUUAUUGUGAGGUCCAGUGGGUCUAAUAAGCCAUUGGAUAAGAAAGAACACAAGCUUAAAGGGGCUGUAUGUGAUGAAGAAAUUGGAUCCUUGGAGAAUGAUGAGUACGGGGAGACAGCAGAUGGAGAAGUGGGUGCUGUUGAAAAUGGAAGCCCAAGUAAUUUGAAUGAUGCUGCAGAGACUGCUGCAGGAGAGGUUGAGAUUGAUCAGGUGAAGGCAACUGGGAAAAGCAAGAAGAGCAAGGAUUCCAGAUCAAUGAAGCUGUUCAAAGUUGCCCUUGCAGAUUUUGUGAAGGAAGUUCUGAAGCCGUCGUGGCGCCAGGGCAGUAUGAGUAAAGAGGCAUUUAAGACUAUUGUCAAGAAAACUGUUGACAGGGUGUCUGGAGCUAUGAAAAGCCACCAUAUCCCCAAAUCUCAAGCAAAGAUUGAUCACUACAUUGACUCAUCACAAAGAAAAUUGACUAAGCUCGUGAUGGGCUAUGUGGACAAGUAUGUCAAGGUAUAAAUCCAUAUAAGACGCGGUUUGGACAAGUAUGUCAAGGUAUGGAUCCGUGAGGUGUGGUUUGGACUGGCGAUGGCAGAAAUUUUGCUCCUGCUCUGUAAGAAUUGUGAUUUAUCAGUUUAAUUUUACGGUUAAACCUUUGAUUUGAGCUUUAGGGUAGAUAUGAAUGUGACAGACUAUUGGUGGGAACCUGUAGUGCCAUUUUGGGGAGAUGGAGCUAUGUGCCUAAAUCUUCUGUGGUAUCCAUUAUCGUUGUCGCUUGUGGAAUGCGGAAUCUCUGCUUUCAUGUGCGUUGAUGCAGGGGUGUUUCAAAAAGCUUUCAGAGCCAGUGGUACAAAUAAUUGAGUUGGUCAGGUGUGUAGCCUUGGGACGCCUGGUUGAUUCCUAAAAUGAAAUAUCUAUAAACAAAGUCUCUCCAGGAUUCGCGUAUAGUCAAACGUAUUUCUCAUGUACAUCUUUGAUGUUUCCAUUAGUUGAAAAUUUGGUUUCACAAAGAUAAAAAGUUUGUUAACUUCUCUGAAUCUGUUAUUUUAUGAAGACUGAUAAACGGGUAUAGAGAUUGUUGCAAUUAGAUUUGAUCAGAUGCCGCUUUUAUAGUGCGUCAAUUUGCUUCGUUUAAGGUUACGAGGUGUAUCCAUAUGGCCGAGGGGAUAGAAGAAGAUAGCUGACAAUGAAGUAGAGAUAAUUCCAGCAGUUCAAUCAAGAGCCAUACUUUUGCACCUGUAUCUGGGUGCCUGUUCAAAGAAGAAAAUUUACUGCUGUAUUUACUUUCGGAUGAGAGCAUGACGUAGAUGUCUAAUUGGAUGAUCCUGGUGCUCUUUCCAGAGUUUCUAAUGAAGAAUUAAUGGUUACUUUGCAUAUGUGAAACCAGGGUGAUGGUGGAUGAAUUACUGGAAAUAUCUGGAACAGGAAUUGAUCAAAGCUGGGUCGUGUCUGUGUGAUCUGGAAUUGCACGAAAUAUGCUGAAAAGAACUGGUCUGGAAAGAAUGGUUGGUGCGGUAGUCGGGAUGGGAGUGUUUGUCAACUUACAUAUGCGCUAUGUUGCUGCUAGUUGCAACUUAAAGAAAGGUUUAGGGACCGUUCAUAUCCUUUCCUUCCUACUCUGCGAAGGAGUACAGUUAACAUAAAGAAUGCAACGAGUAAGAAUUGGUGGUUGGCUUUGGGCAAGAUUUUGCAAUAAAUUAUACUCCUUGAGCCCAAUUAGUUUUCUUUUCUUACAGGUGUCUAUGUUUUUCUUUUCCUUCGAGUUUAUGCGUUUGUAGUAGGUCUAACUGUCCUGUGUAUGCUUUAUUACAUAUAAGAGAUUCUCUAUUCUCUCCCUCUGUUUCUGUGCAUGCUUUUCUUGGAUGCCUGGAGUUAGGGUACAGAUUUUUAUUAUUUUUUUUGGUGGAUGCUAGUGGGGAAGAGGGAAGCUUGGAGGAAUGUAGUGUGAAUCAAGAUCUCAUUGUAUGACUGAGGAUCAGAUUCCCUCAAUCUUAUUUAUUAAAAAUAAGAUAAAUGAAUUCAAUGAUGACUUUCGUUUGUUCAA